AUGAGCAUGGCAUAUAUAAAAGCACCAAAGAAAUUUAUUUCGAAAAGCUUGGUGAUGAAGAACUUGAAGUUGCAGGACAGAGAGUUUGACAGGCUUGUGACCCUAUGUGGAGUUCACCCGUACAUUCCAAAGAACAGGCAGAAAGUGGACGAAGAAAAUGGGUUUUAUUACAAAGUGUAUGAUGCAAACAAGUUGAUACACUCGCACGUUUACAAAACUAUGAUGAAGAACAAAUCAAUAGAAAGUAUUAAAAAAAGAUACGAGGGAACUGGAUUUGAAUACAAGAUAGCAAACCUGCGUUACAAAGAGUAUAACUAUGUUGAUCUUAUUAAAGAUAAGUACAAAACGUUUGCAGAAUCAGUGGAUGGAUUGAAUGUGACAAUGAGCAAUCUGUAUCUGGCAAGAAUGCUUGGACUUUACAAAGAUUCUGACAAUGUCAUAAAGAACUUUGAGGACUUUGUCAUAGCCAAAAGGUUACUUGAAUGUUCAUUUAUGUCUAAGAGUGGAAUAUACAACCAGAUAUCAAUAGGGAAGAUCCGAGUCACAUGGUUUGUUCCAUACCCGGGUGCAAGUCUUCAAGAGAUUAUUGAGGAGAAAAAAGACAUUCCUCGAGGGUUUAGAUGGAAAGAAUUAACCUUUCUAGACUUUGUAUCGUCUUCUGAUGACGAGUCUUCUAGUAGCGAAUCUGAAAUGGAGGAAAUUGUCAAUGACGAUAGCAAAAUUGAUAUUUCCCUGCUAUCGUAUUCUUUGCCUUUAUUGGACAUGCAUUUUAAAUUAGUUCUGUAUAAACUUGGGAAAUUGCAUGAACCAUGCAGCGUGGAUCAUUCGAAAAUAGUUGCUACUGAUAAAGCUGGAAUAUUUAGUGGAAUGUUGUUUUGGAUUGAUAUUGUUGCUGUUGGAGAGUGCCUGAGGUUGAUAGUUCCGUGUCUUGGUGGAAAGGUUGUUGGUAGAGACGAAAAGGCAGAUGUAUGUGUUUGUGAAAGUGCAGAUGAGGUAAAUGAAGGUGUUAUAUAUGUGCAACCUCAAUAUGUAUUUGAUUGCCUGAAUCGCAAAGAAAAGCUUGAUCAUAUAGAAUACUGCGUUGGUAAAGUGCUUCCAAAACAUGUGUCCCCAUUCAGAUCGAUAGAGGAUAUUGUUUCUAAGGAGGUUAUGAUGACAAUGUCUAAAAAACAAAGAUAUAAUAUGGAAGAUGUCCUGAAUAGAUUUGAGGAUGUUGAAUACGAGAUUUAA